ACCCUUCCCCUUCGAGAUUUCUACUCUCGCCUCCCGUCCCUCGGCAGGAAGGACGUUUAGCAACUUCUACUCACAUGCCUGUAGGGCAGCUCCACCAGGGGAGCUGGGGCUCGGAGCGCGGGCUGGGGGCGCAGCGCUGCCGGCAGGGUACGGGGUGUUGCAAGAGGUCUGUCUUAGACACCUCCUCAGGGAAGACCAGCUCACCAGCUUCAAGCUCAGGAUUAGAUAGACGGAGGAGGGGAAGGAGCCAUGUUCCAGGCCACGGGACCCGCCAGCCCACCCCCAACUCAUGAGGCAAAGAACAAUUCAGGAGGCAGCACGGUGCAGCGCUCCAAGUCCUUCAGCCUGAAGGCGCAAGUGAAGGAGAUGUGCACUGCCUGCCAGAAAACCGUCUAUCCCAUGGAGCGGCUGGUGGCGGAUAAAUUCGUCUUCCACAACGCCUGCUUCUGCUGCAAGCACUGCCACACCAAGCUCAGCCUGGGCAGCUACGCGGCGCUCCACGGGGAAUUCUACUGCAAGCCCCACUUCCAGCAGCUCUUCAAGAGCAAAGGCAACUACGACGAGGGCUUCGGGCGCAAGCAGCACAAGGAGCUGUGGGUGCACAAGGAGGUGGAAAGCGGGACCAAGUCGGCCUGAGCGGGGCCAGCCGACCCUUCCCUGGAGCCCAGCAGGGAGGCACGGAGCGCUGAGCCAGGGCUAACUGAGCUGAUGUAAAGCAAAGGGGACGCAAGGGCCUGGAGGUGGGAAGGCAAGGGGGGCAGCCCAGCCCUCUCCGGAGGAUGCUUGGGGGGAUCCCACAGGCUGUAAGGACAGGGCAGCAGCGCCGGGGUACAGUCCCCAGCCCUGGAGCCCCCUCGCUGCAAGCCCCUCUGACCGACGAGAUCAGACCAGGGGCACUCGCCCCUAUGGGAAUCCCAGCCCUGUCGGCACGUUUCAGGCCUGCCACCGUGGGAAAGGAGAGGAUCCGUGGGCUUAACCCAGCCCGUGAAUCACAGCGGAGCUCCCCACUCCUGCCACACCGCUCCUGCCUUGCUGGGGCUCUGAAUAAGGAGGGUCCUUGGUUUACAUCAGCUCAGUUCAGCUGGGAUUGUUCAGCCUUAAGGAUGCUGCCCUGCACCUGUUUAACAGUGUCUGUCUUUUUUAUAUUUGCCUUCGAUUGGUACGUUCCGCGCUGAAGCCGGGCACGGCUGCUCUGCGCGCAACACCGCGCCAUGCGCUCUUUUAUUUUUGUAAUACAAGGUUUCCGAGCCUUC